AUUGAUUACCCCAUACCAUAUUUUGACAUCCUAUCUCUUCGUCGUCAAAUACUCUUUCGUAAUACUUUUACUCUUACCCCUCUUUCAGCUUGUUUGAGAAACCAAUAACCACCAGGUUGUCGACGGUAAGAAUGGACAGGAUACCACUAUAAGGUCAUGUGUUAUUUCUUUUCGGUAUAUGAACUACUUCACCGGCAUGAAAUGUGACCUUGACGGUAGCUGAGAUUUGGACAGUGUGUACGGCGCUGAUGCAGGAUAGUAUUCGAGACGCCCAAGUGGUCAAGAACCUACGAAACCGGGGAUCGAGCCCCUCAAGUACGCUGGCUGGGCAUAUGUGCUUGACUAUAACCUCAGUAAGCAUAAAUAAGUCUUCCAGCUCCCAGAUAGACUGAGAAAGUGAAAGACUUGAAGAUCCAAAGAGAAUCAUAUAGCAUCACGCUACGCUAGAAACAUUGUAUACUUUCGUCGCUCAUCACGAUGCAUUACGUUCCGGAGGCGUAUGAAUCUCUGCCGUCGCUUCAGCUAGCUGGAGAGCUGUUCGAGAAGAAGAACGCGGUGCAACCUCUCGUAGGCCCUAUCCGGCAGCUAUUUCUCGAUAGGGGCCUUUGCCAUAAGUAUGGCAUCAGCUUGUUGCACAAGCACUUUUCCAUGGAACCAAUAGAACGUCUCGUCGAAUACCACCACUCUGCCUCGCCCUGGGUUGUGAAGAACCAGAACGCCCUCGUUAUACCCCGGUACGAAGGUGCCAUCGUGCCGCGGACUUUCAGAUUCUUCGAGGGGAAGGCAACCCCGUACGAAUUCUCGUUCUCGGCUACGGCUCCACUUGUAGAGGAGGAUCACGAAGAGUUUGUGUUGGAAGUGUCGAACCUGCUCCGUCAGUACGACUUGGACGAUGUGUUCGGCGUGCGGUGGCUGGAUGAUUACGACUCGGAAUUGCCUAUGGAGGUCACGGAGGGAAACGUAAAUAUCAUGAUGCCGGUCGGAUCUGUACCCGACGCUUCCCUCAUCGAGGCUCUGUGGGUCUUUAGUCCCGAUGAGACUCAGAGAUGCCACUGCCUGUCGGUGUGCAGAACUAUUGGUGGCAAACAUCAACCGGAUCACGGCUGCUCGUAGUUCUUGAUCAGUUCGGGGCUCGUUCACAACAGAUUGUCAUUCCCUACAGGCUCACGUAUGUCUUUGUAU